UGGCGGGAAAAGACCGGGCCGGCGAUCUCACACGUCGAGUACACACAGAAGAGAAGGCAGAUAUGAGCCCUACCGCCGGUGGAGCCGAGGCCCCGGAUCUCGUUUGUCAGCUCGACAGCGUUCAGGGCAUGGUGGAUGCCCUUAGCUCGGUACGCUGGAAGCGGAACCAGGACGCAGUCAUCGAGCUAUCGGAGCACGGAAUAGUCCUGAUCGUGGAAGAAACCGGUUGUCUGCAGGCGAAGGUGUAUCUCAAGCGCGAGCUCUUUUUGAUCUACGAUUAUGCUGCUGAGGGUCGGCCAAGGUUCGGGUUAAGCCUAGGAUUAUUUGUCGAUUGCCUUAAUACUUUCUCUACGCCGGGUCAUUCUCCUAUGAUCGAAAUUCGCUAUCCCGGCCCUGACAUGCAGCUUCUUCUCAAGUCUGUGGAUUUCCCAGACGCUUGUACCUAUGCAGAGAUCAGAACAAGGAUCCCAGACACCAUUUCCUGGGACUACCAUUUUGAGCCAACAGGGACUAUUCCUGUCACUUUUACUGUCAGAUCUGCGGUGCUCAGGGAAGCAAUUGAUGAUCUGGAAUGGCCUGGUUCCAGCGUCCAGAUACGCAUAAGACCUGAUCCUCCCUCGGUGACUUUUAAAUCAGAGGGCCACGGCGACUUGCAGAUAGACUUCGAAUACUAUUCAAAUAAUGAUCUUUUGGUCGCCUUCCAGUGCGACCAAAUGCUCUCAUACAGAUACAAAUACAAAUUUCUUAGAGCAACCACUUCAAAUUUACCAAGCAGCAUUCUGAAGGACAACAGAGGAUGUAAAGUGAGUAUUGGAAGAGGAGGAAUGCUGAAGAUUCAGCACCUGGUAUCGGUUCUUAGAUCUGUCGGCCAGCAUGCCUGUAAUGACCCCAUGCAGCAGCCCAGUCGAAUCGCGUACAUUGAGUUCUUCGUGAAACCAGAGGAGGAAGAUGAGACUCCUAUAGGAGAUUCAUAGUUUUUAUGAUUACUAAAUGGUGUCGGUCCAAAUUGUUCUCAGGCUAUUUACUUGCCAAUUUAGGAGAUUGCUGAUUAUUGUGCCUUGUGAAAUGAAGGCUGACGGCCGUCUUUAAAAAAAAAAAAAGAAAGAAUCAUUACUUUAAAAAGUUUAACAAAU